UACUGUCAUUUCGAAGUUGCAAAUCCAAACCACAUGCGUGAUUUGGUUAUUUAUUGCAUAUUUUUACAAAUAUGUGCCGAUUUUAGUUGAAUAAUUAUAAUCAUAGUUAUAUUACGAGUUGACUUAAAGUGAGUUAUUAUUAACUUAACCAUGGGCAAGGCUAAAAAGUUGAAACCGUCACAAGUGGGCAAGAAUGUAGCUCUAGCAGAUCAGAUAGAGUCAGUGAAUGCUGUGAAACCCAAGAACAGGAAUAAAGAAAGGAACAGACACGAUGACGAUGAAGAGUUUGUCAAUGCAGAUUUAUCCAAAAAGAUCUUGAAGGCUGCUAGAAGGCAACAGGCUGAGCUCGAUGAUAGAGCUGGACCUUCACCUGCUAAACAUGUGGUUUUAUCCACUGCCAAAGAUUCCGACGAUGAUGAGUCUGGAUCAGAACAUGAUGAUUUGGAGCCUGAUACCUACUAUGACAACAUUGAAAUUAAUGAAGAAGAUGAGGAAGCUCUUAGAAUGUUUAUGUCUGCUAAACCUGAGAAGACUCGGACACUUGCAGACAUUAUUAUGGACAAAAUAACAGAGAAACACACAGAACUGCAUACACAGUUCUCAGAUGUAGAAACCUUAAAAUUACAGAAUAUUGAUCCCAGGAUUAAAACCAUGUAUGAAGGAGUAAGAGACGUAUUACAAAAGUAUCGGUCUGGCAAACUGCCUAAAGCCUUCAAAAUGAUCCCACAUCUGCAGAACUGGGAACAAAUUCUAUACAUAACUGAACCUGCCACUUGGUCAGCAGCUGCGAUGUACCAGGCUACAAGAAUUUUUGCAUCAAAUCUUAAGGAAAAAAUGGCUCAACGAUUUUAUAACUUGGUCUUAAUGCCACGUAUCAGAGAUGAUCUUGCAGAGUAUAAACGUUUGAACUUUCAUUUAUACCAAGCUCUUAGAAAAUCUCUGUUUAAGCCUGGGGCAUUUAUGAAGGGUAUUCUACUGCCACUGUGUGAAGCUGGGGACUGCACUCUAAGAGAGGCAAUCAUAGUGGGUUCAGUGUUAGCUCGCAAUUCCGUGCCAGUGCUGCACUCUAGUGCUGCUCUAUUGAAAAUAGCUGAAAUGGAUUACACUGGUGCCAACUCAAUAUUCCUACGAAUACUGUUUGAUAAAAAAUAUGCUCUUCCCUACAGAGUUGUUGAUGCUAUUGUAUUUCACUUUCUGAGGUUCCAGAAUGAGUCUCGUACAUUGCCUGUGCUCUGGCAUCAGUCACUGCUCACCUUUGUGCAGCGCUACAAAGCUGACAUUUCCACAGAACAGAGGGACGCUCUACUAGAAUUGUUGAGGAAACAGUCACAUCCAACUAUUACAUCUGAGAUUCGAAGAGAGCUUCAUGCCGCCAAAUGCAGAGAUGAUGAAGUCAAUGAAGGAGUAUCCACUAGUAUGAUUGUGGAAUAAAUGUUAGUGAUUAUUAAAUCUAAUUUGUACACAA